CGCCCGCCCUGGCUCCUAACCCACCCUUCGGCUGCCGGAGCCCUGAGGGAGCAGGUGUCCUCAUGAGCGCCAAGAUGCAGCCAUGGCUCUGGCUGGUCUUCAGUGUGAAGCUGGCAGCUCUCUGGAGCAGCUCUGCCCUCCUUCAGACCCCCAAGUCCCUGACCCUUCUAACCAAUCGAUCGGCAAAAGUGUUCUGUGAAGCUAAAAGUCUCCCUAAGACCACACUCAUCCACUGGCUGAGGCAGCGCCGGGGACCCGCCAAGGAGAGGCGCUUUGAGUUCCUGGCCUCGUGGAACCCUUCCAAAGGAACCUCUGUGUAUGGUGAAGGGGUGAAGAAGGAGGACAUGAUCAUGUCUUCGGAUAUAAGCCGGUACAUACUCGAGCUCAAGAGUGUGAAGCUGGAGGACAGCGGCACCUACUUCUGCAUGAUGAUCGGGAGCCCCAACCUGAUCUUUGGGAUAGGGACGGAGCUGAACGUGGUUGAGGCCUUUCCUACCAUUGCCCCGACCACCAAGAAGACCAUCCUCAAGAAGAAACAGUGCCCAUCCCCCAACCCAAAGGCCCAGAAGGGCCCGACGUGUGGGCUCAUCACCCUCAGCCUGCUGGUGGCCUCCAUGCUGGUGCUGCUGGUUUCCCUGAGUGUGGCCAUCCAUUUUCACUGCCAGCGCAGAAAAGCCCGAAUUCGCUUCAUGAAACAGUUUCACAAAUGAUCAGUGCCCACAACUCUGAUAUCCUGCCACAAAAGGAUCGUGACAGCGCUCAGUCAAAAGCAAGAUCUGGACAAACAAGGGAAGGGUUCAUUCAGCGGUGGAGACUCAUUGCCUUGAUGAAGCCUCCUGCCUUGAACUACCGCAAGCUCUGUCUAUGGACCGCAUGCAUUGGAACCGCUUGGUGGUUCACCUGGAGUCUCACAGAGAUGGCCCCAGCAUCCAGAGUCACUCACAGAGUGUGCCGAAGAACCAAGAACUCCCACCGUGACCCCCCUGUGGUUCUUGUACCCUUCUUGGACUGGACCUUGGAUGGUGGCCUUUCAGCCACCAUCUUUGUAAGUUGCUUGGUAGGGCAGCAUUUUGGGCUCUUUGGCCUCUCAUGGGAGAGGGCUGGGGACCAACCCUGGGUCUUCCCAGAGAAGACUGCCCAUCUUCAUAGGGAGAAGCCAGCUUGUGAAUGAGGCUUCCUGUAAACAGCUGCUGGGCUCUGGGCAGCCAUCCUGGUCUCUCAGGGCUUCCCGGGGGUCAGGAGACACACUUCUACUUCAUCUCGUAGUAGGAAAUUCUUAAGUUUCACUUCUUCUCUCUCACGGCUUGGAUACUUCUCUCACUCUCUGGCGUUUUUAUGAAAAUGUCGUGGCUCUAAAAAUAAAGUCCCGUGUUAAAGAU